AUGGGAGUUAUUCGACAGAUUGUGGAAAAAUUAUGUGUUGUAAUAACAAUCAUUCUUAUUUACGAGAAUGCACUUGUUUUUUAUCAGCAUCUCUUUCCAUAUUGGUGGUCUCAUGGUUUCUAUCGACGAUUUUUCUUUCAUUUAGUUGUUGGGCAUUGGUUAUUAAUUAAUACAGCUAUGCAUUAUUAUUUUGCCAUUACAAAAUCACCGGGUUUUGUUGUUGAUUUAAAAAAAGAAUUAUCAACUCAAGAAGAGUUAGGUUAUACAAAAUGUUUAAAAUGUGGUGUGAUAAGACCACCAAGAGCACAUCAUUGCAAAGCUUGUCAAAAAUGUGUCGUUCGUUAUGAUCAUCAUUGUCCUUGGAUUAACAACUGUGUUGGAUAUCAAAAUCAUAUACAUUUUCUCUUAUUUUGUAUUUAUAUGGCAAUGAUCUCAGCUUAUGCUACUACUGUCGGACGAAAACAAUUUCAACUAGUAAUGUUUCAUGAUCAAAUACUUUUUGGUUUAUUUGAUCCUAUUCUACGACCAGAAAAUUUAACUAUGACUAUAAUAGAACACCAAACUAUAGGUCCCGUCACUGGUGUAUUGACACUUUUUCUUUUUCUUACCAAUAUUGUCGCAAUGGGUCUUGUAUUAAGUUUAACUAUAUGGCAGAUGAGUCUUAUUACUAAAGGUCAAACAUGUGUAGAAGAAAAAAUUGAUAAAUCCAUUGUGAAUAAUUCCGUAAAAGGACAAAACCGACGACCAUAUGAUUUGGGGUACAUAUUGAAUUGGUCGACAUUUUUUGAAGUAAAUAGGAUUAGUGAACUUUUACUUCGAUUAUUAAUUCCUUUUCCGUUUCAACCAAAACAUGAUGGUACACAGUGGAUAUCUAAAGAUGAUAAAUAA